AUGAGAAGCUCUAUCAGAUACAAUGAGUCCGCUGACACCCGCCAGCCGACAGUCGUCAUUGUCGAUAUCACUCAAGAAGUCUCGUCACCUGGAGAUGCAUCGCAAUUGACCCCCUGGCCUGUUUUUGAGCCGUAUUCUACAUCGAUCAGAAAAGACUUUACGCUCUCGGAUGUCAAUCCACAGCUUCCAUCUUCUUCGCUUGAUUAUUUCCAGAGCUUGACAGAGGUGGGCGCCCCAGUAGAAGACACUUCUGCCAUGGCUUCACUGGAAGUUAAAAUCACGAGUACGCCUCAUGAGGCAAGCAGUGACUCUCGCGAUGAUAAUGCUAAUAUUUCGAGCCAUGUCGCUGUAACGAUGAGCUUUGCAUCGUGGCCAUUGGUUACUGUUAGCCAGGGCACCUCCUUUCCAGUCGAAACGGUAAAUGCCAAUGAAGAAGCCGCAGAGACCUUAUCAACCCCAACAUCUCGCGAUACUCCCAGGCUCUCUCCGUUCUCUCUGGCUGACUCAAAAACUACAAGCAGCCGAGUUUCUACCCGCAAUGAGGAGCCCAUGGGAGCCAGGAACAGUGUGGGUGUCAAUAACUCCACCACUCAACCUUUGCCAUCGCCAUCAUACACAAGCGUCUCUCAUGAGACUGGAAGUGGUAAAACAUAUAUGACCGCUAAACCCAAAGGGCUGACGCUACUCAAUACAUACACGGAGACCGGGACUUGGACCCCGAGUUCAUCAACCACUGCAAGAACUCCGGCCCCUGGAACGCAUGGCGCCAUCAUGGAUGGCACCGAGUUUUCAAGACGGAUUUCCCAACGAGUUGUCCUCUUCUUGCUCCUGUACAACAAGCCCGAGUCGCCUUUCAACACACCUGGAGAUGAUACAGAGCACUCACUUCUGCCCGGCCAAAUGAAAACCAGCAGUUCCGCCCCUCACCACUUUCGCUCAUCGAAUCACCAGAUGGCACGGCAGGAUCUGCGGUGGAAACUGCUUGCCCGACAACAAGUCGCCCACUGGCAGAGAGACGCGGAAGACAAGGGCUUGAUCUCACCAAAUGAGAAACCAGCAGACAUGGCCCCUAUCUGGACGAGACUGCAAGGUUUGAAGAAGAAAAAUGGGCCAAGAUUGAAACGAGCGUGCCAGUUCCUUCACAGUGGCUCCCGUCAGCUUUCCCGUAUGCUUCUGAGCGCGGAUCCGCUCUUGCAGAAGCCGGGGACAGUCCCAAACACCAAGCCACAGAUCGCAUGCAAGAUGCGAGCAAUCUCGACGGAGCAAAAGAAUUCUUGGGCGCAAAAAGAUUCUUUGGGAAUUUUUGCGCUUAGAUGGCUUGCUGUGAAACUUUCCGAAAAGUCUACCGAGACAGCAACAGUAGACUUUUGGAGAGUGGCGACUCUGAUAGCACAACACUGUGCUGCUUGA